GGGAGACCGGAUAUAGUGAAUGCGGGGUCCGGGGAGACCAGAUAUAGUAAAUGCGGGGUCCGGGGAGACCAGAUACAGUGAAUGCGGGGUCCGGGGAGACCAGAUAUAGUAAAUGCGGGGUCCGGGGAGACCAGAUACAGUGAAUGCAGGGUCCGGGGAGACCAGAUAUAGUGAAUGCAGGGUCCGGGGAGACCAGAUAUAGUGAAUGCAGGGGUCCGGGGAGACCAGAUAUAGUGAAUGCAGGGUCCGGGGAGACCAGAUAUAGUGAAUGCAGGGUCCGG